UAAAGGUGGAAUCCUAACAGCACCCACAAAGAGCUCUUGGCCAUGUCAGACUACCUUUGGUUUGAAGGAAUACCUUUCCCUGCAAUAGGGAUUGAAAAAGAAAUACUUGGAGAAAUCGGUGAUAAGUUUGUGGUUAGAGAUGAAGACACAAUCAUGUUGACUUACCCCAAAUCAGGAACUAACUGGCUGAUUGAGAUUGUCUGCUUGAUUCAGACCAAGGGAAAUCCCAAGUGGAUUCAAUCUGUGCCCAUCUGGGAACGCUCACCCUGGGUAGAGUCUGAAUACGGAUAUCAAACUUUAAUCAAUAAGGAAGGACCACGCCUCUUCAGCUCUCAUCUUCCCUUCCAUCUUUUCCCCAAGUCUUUCUUCAGUUCCAAGGCCAAGAUGAUCUAUGUCAUCAGAAAUCCCAGAGAUGUUCUUGUGUCUGGUUAUUUUUUCUUGCAGAAGACAAACCUUAUUAAGAAUCCAGAAUCUCUGAUAAAUUAUUUUGAAUGGUUCCUCAAAGGAAAUGUUAUAUUUGGAUCAUGGUUUGAGCACACCCGUGCAUGGCUGUCCAUGAGAGAAAGGGACAACUUCCUGCUUUUGAGCUAUGAAGACCUGAAACAGUGGGUUAUCAGCCAGAAUCGGCCUGAUUGUGUCAAUGACCAAAUGUCACAGGAAACACACUUUUGUGAAGAUGUGCUCAACACUGUGGGAUACGCAGUCUCACCCUUGCUGUCACUGGCUGAAUAUCAGCAGCUCAGCUCUAAGUUGUCAGCACAAUAG